AUGCAGCUGGACGGAUUGAAAAUCUUCGCUGGCAAUUAUUUACUAAGUGUAAUCGAGGUUCAAGAAAAUCUUUCUGCUGGUUCGGAUGAUAUUUAUAGCGCAACAGUAUCGGCGCUAAACAGGUAUUUUGACCAAACGUGCGACUACACGAAGGAGAGGAUGAAGUUUCGUGAAAUGCGAAUGGGCACCUCAGAACCAUUUGUUGAUUGGGUUUUGCGAUUAGAGACUCAAGCAAAGUUUUGCGAAUUUGAGGCAGAGCAGCGAAACGAAGAAUUUGUUCAAGCAUUAGUUCGACGAUCUGUACUGCAAAUCGCAACAAAGUUGUACGAAAUGAGCAAUAUCUUCAACAACAAUCUUGAGUUGAUUACUGCCCACGGUAGACAUCUUGAUUACAUUCGGAUGGAAUCUGAGGAAUCAAAGCAGAUAGUCAUGAACGAAGGUGGUAGCAGCAUUGAAGAACUAAAGACACAUGAAGGGACUGUUGUGAAGCCAGUUAAUGCAGUAGUUAGUCAGAACUCGCAUUUCGGUCCAAUGCGUCACGGUUCAUAUCGAGGAUCACGAUCGGAAGCCAACAAUAGGAAUUUCCGAUUUCAAGGUGUGAGUUCUCUUGGUCGUGCAGGACGGUUCAAAAAUACCAGCCAGAACUGCUUGAAGUGCGGCAGUAUUCACGGUCCUAAGCAGUGCAGGGCCUAUCGCGUCAAAUGUUACACAUGUGGGAAAGAGGGGCACUUUGCCGAGUUUUGCUUUUCGAAAAACAGCGCUACUAAAGGGUGA